GUAAACCUCUAACGGAAACCAAGUGAUCCCACGUGGCAGGUCUGAAAUACAAGCAGCAGAGAGAAGUCAACAUGAGGACAAGUGGCAACAAACCUGGACCCUGUGGAAUGACAGUAGCAAUGCUGUCUGGGCAACUUUUUAAAAUUAGGCUUAAAAUAAUAACAUAAUAAGUCAAGAGGAAAGCGUAUGUAGAGAAAGUCCUGUACUACUUGGAAAGAGGAUGAGACUUUUAUGAACUUUAAACCUUGGUAAGUUAUUUACGAAUGUUUCAAUCUGUAAAGUAACUACUAAUGAUUAGAGAAUGUGUAACUUACAAAACCGUGGGGGAAAUGGAAAGAAUUUUUUUAAACUGUCUAUCUAAAAUUAGGAAGGAAGAGAGAAAAAAAUCAACCAAAGAAUAGGUCAGGAAGCACAAUAUAAUAGAUUUAAACUCAAAUAUAUCAGGAAUUACAUUAAACACAUAAGUUUAGAAACAGUUAAAUGACAAAAGACACGUCAUCAGCAAUUUUGAAUGGCAGCUUUCCCCAAAGCUACCCCACCUCUUGAAAGCGAUGGACAAGUGGCCUUUCACUGAUGACUCCAGCUGCCUAUUGUGACCAUUCACGACUGCUCCCUGACAUCAUAGAGUGUACCUCUAGGAAUCAAGCAGAGCUGGCAUGUACCCUCUUCACCUUCCUGUGGGGCUGCUGUGGUGUUCUGGCUCUUGCAUGUGCUUUAUACGGUUCUUCUGUGUAACUCUGCUCUCUGUGCAGCUGCCCCCGACAGUUCCUUGUCCCCUUCCUAACCCACCACUUGUGGUUGCAGAGCACCGGAAACAUGAGUUGUUGAGACCUUAGCCAACAGAGUUCUAAGGGCCAACUCUGGGCAGAGGACAGCUCCAUCCUCCUUACCAAGGGCUCUUCCAACAGGGCGUUUCAUUUUGAAUCUGCGAAGUGAGCUACUCUGCCUCAAGAACAAUUUCUCAUGGAGCCAGAAGUCUUAGAAAUUUGCCCUUACAACCCGCACCACCGAGUCCCAUUCAGCAGAUUUCAGUACCACCUGGCAUCCUGCAGGAGAAAGAACCCCAAGAAAGCCAAAAAGAUGGCCAGCUGCAAAUACAACGCCUGCCACGUGGUCCCCAUCAAAAAGCUGGAGGAGCAUGAGGCUGCCUGUGUCAGCAGAAGCACAAUGGAGGAAGAGGACAGCCUGUGCCCCCUGAAAGUUAGCCUUCCAAGUUCAGAGCAGAGUGGAAAUAUCCCUCCAGAGCGCCCCUGGCUCCCCAGUUCUGACGUCUGGAAUGUCGACAGCACUAACUGCCAUCCCACGUUUGUCCUUAAAACUUUUGUUCCCCAAAAGCUUGUUUGCGAAAGUGACAUAAGAGAGGCAGAGAGAGAGAGAGAGGCCCAUUCCCCAAGACUGACCACCCCCCAGAAGACUCUCAGACCAGGAGGAUAAAUCACCAGCAGCAGAAAGGAGCGCUUGCCUCUUAAAUGCCGGAAAGGAGAUGCAACUCCCCAGAAUAAAAGUGCGAAGUGAGCCACCUGGGACACCUCGUUUUUCAUGAAGCAGUUGGUAAAGAUCUAAAGGCUGGCAGGACAUUCUGCUGGCAAAGAUGGGGCAAACAGGCACUUUCGUAACAUUGGUGAGAAGGUAAGCUGAUAAAUCUCUGCGGAGGGCAAUUUGACAGAAGCUGUCAAAAUGACCAGUGUGCUCUGCUUCGAUGGCGCGAUUCUACUUCUAGGAAUGCAUCCUGUAAAUAUAUUCACACUUGCAGAAGAAGAAGUGAGUGCAAGGUUACCCACUGCCAUGUUAUUUGUAGCAGUAAAGGUCAGUCAGAAAUGA